AUGGCUAGUGGGAAUGCAUCCUGCACCAAUGCAAAACAUCCUUUCUUCCUCGAGUUAUCUGUCUUCUGGUCAAACGGUGGUGCAUUUCUGCGCACUUUACAGCCAGUGCAAGUCGUAGAGCUGUCGUCGUCAACUGAUGUGUUUUGUCUCGACGACCACCAGCAAGCCCCGUCAGCCAACACUGACCGAUUGGUCCAUAUGAAGCUGCCACCACCAAUGCGACUCUCAGAUUUGGAAUCUGUCGACAGUCAGCGAAUAAAACGAUCCCCGCAUGAGCAACUGAUUCUAGCGAUUGCUAUGUACCUCCCGAUUGUCGCUUCGCUUGGAGGGAUGGUGGGAUGGCAAUUAGCUGAAGGGAUCCAAUACGCAGUCAAGACUUCCAUUCUUUUGAUUGCAUCCACUGUGCCCUACAACUGGCUCAGUGCUCACUUUGGUGGCAAUUUAGCGCAAUUCCCAAUGGAGGACCACUCGAAGUGCGAGUGA